ACAUGUUCUUUUAACAGAAUCGAGGGAACCGUGGAGACAUUGUUUUGGGCAUUGUUCGGACAUGUCGAAUUUCCUGCUUUUGAAACGGACGAGAACUCAAAGAUUACCAUGGUUACAGGACAGAUUUUGUUCGCAGUAUACAGCCUCGCUUCCAUACUGGUUGUACUAAACCUACUGAUCGCUAUGCUCAAUAACUCAUACAAGAAGGUUGAUGUAAGUGCAAUGUUGUGUCUACACAAAUCGGUUUAUGAUAAAAUUGUAAACGCAUACAAACUAACGUGCCAAUGGAUGGGUCACACAAGAACAGUAUAAUUGAUAUUGCGCCAACAUCCCUUUCCACGUGUUCUCAGCCAUAAAAGGAGAAGUUUGCAUGUAAUAUCACAGUAACACGUACGUACAUAGCGUAAGUAAAUAUUGCAACCCUGGAAAUAAUAAUUAAUAAUAAAGAAAAAUGUGGUUAGCUUACGAAAGGAUGAGGAAAACAUAUCAUGAAGACUUUUGUUUUUCGGCCAUCGUAGUUUAAACAAAAAUGAAACACCAGCAGCGGUGAUAAACGUUGUGAAAGUUCGUAUUUUGAUAAGUGACGUAUCGUAUGCUAGUCAACAACCAUUUUCAAAAGUGUUCUAAAUUGACCUUUACAGAUUAUGACGAGACUAUUUACACAAAAUUUACAAGGGGUCUGGGAGUGAGAUUAAGAAGACAAAAUUCUUAACAGUUAUAAUUACAUAAGGCAACAGCUAACAAAGCAUCAGCUUGUCACUGCUGAUGUUGACCUGGUGUUGUGCUUGACCCGCUAAUUAAUAACAGACGAAUAAGUGCUUUGCUUCAUUUUAUCCGGUCACAACCUUUACUUUUAUCGUUGAAAGAAGUUGAAAACAUGAUUUUCAUCAAAAAAUGACUUGACCAUCCGCUAUUUGUCACGUCAUACUUCGUUAACCAUAGAAACUGGUCGUCACUAAACUUGUCUCAAAAUGCGCGCGAGGGAAAAACGAACUGCAACUGAAAAAGUCUGGGGCUGAUGUUUGAUUGUCUAGGAAUUCUCAGUGGUCUUGUACGUCAGAGGUUAAAACUUUGGCCGGAGUUCAGCCCACGCCAAAACUUUACGCGUUCUUAUUUUGAAAGUGAUUUGCGUUGUGAAGUAUUCUGAAGUGAACUGAGCUUAUUACUGUGUGAUAAAUAAUACCAGGUAUAUUACCUUUAAGGAGAUUUACUUCAGUCGCUUCGAAAUCCCAGUUUUUAUUACACAGUGCAGUUUUCUAAUACAACACUUGUUGGAGAUCGACACGACAUCUAGAUCCGAAGACCUUUGCCUUAAAUUACCUUGAUGUUAUAAGUAUUUUAUACGUCUAUAUUUGCUUUCUUUCAGAAAGAGAAGGACACUAAAUUCAAGUUUGCGAGGACGCGUCUCUGGAUGUAUUACAUCAGUGAAGUCAGUCCUCUACCACCGCCAUUUAACCUGAUACCAGUAGAAAAAAUUGCCUCCGCAGUCCGUUGGCUUGCUAGAAGAUACAAGUGGGUUAAAAAAGUAAGUAAGUAAGUAAGUAAGUAAGUAGCAAAGCCUCACUGCACGCACAUGAAAAAUGAUUUAAAUGUUAAGAAAUUAAAAAGGAAUUAAUUUUUUGGUAAAAACUAAAACAACUAUGGACACGAACCAAGGUCACAAGUUUUUAAAUCUACUAAAUAUUUCUUACGAUAAUCGAUCUAUAAUUUAUAUUAUCGAGACACAUGUUAGGAGACGUAAAUGCGCAUGUUUCUUUGGUUUUUAUUCUCGUACAAAUAGUUUCUCAAGCUUUACGCCUGAAAACUAUCCGGAUAGGUUGCAUACUUGGCCUGAAAUAAAAACGCGCGUUUUCUUUCGCUUGCUGUCGUCGUUUUUGUUGCCGUUGUUUGGCUACUUCAAACACUGUUUUCAUGGUAUUAUCCUUAGAGUCUUUUGUAUUCCUUUUUUAGUGUCUUGGUUGUAUCAAAGCAGAAGAAAUUACAUCAGAUACAGUUAAAACUAAUCAGAAAAGGGUAAGUAUAUCAAUUUUUAGAAAAUUAGAAUGAACCUUUAUUCUCGUCAUAUAAGUAAGAAUAGUGAUAACCAAAGUAAAUCAACCUCAAUAAAAGCGCCGGUCUCAGAGAAAAUGUACCUUCGACCAGGAGGGAAGAAAGCAGGCUCUCCUAUAAAAUUUCUGGGGUUCUCCUUGAAAAUUCCCUUUUAGAAGUGCUAAGUCUAAAACAAAGCAGCAGGACUAGCUCAGUCAGUAGAGCGCUCGACUGCAGAGCAAGAGUGUCGCGGUUUCGACCCUCGGUAUACUGACAGGGUCCACAAGAUACUGCGAAAUAAAUGUUUUGCCUUUGCUUUGCGAAUGGCUGGUCCUUUGCGUGGCUCGAACGAUGACCACGUAAAAUGGCAGUCCUAUCUCCAGUAUGGAAACGUAAAAUACAGUUGUCAAAUUGUACUUUCGUGCUCAAUACAUUGACACUGCAAUAAAGCGCGCUUUUUAAAAUUUUGAUCGGCAAAUUCUCAUUUGAAAAAAUGAGUCGUGUCAUAAAUCGGUAGGUGAUCAUUUAAUAACUUAGCUAGACAGUGCAGUGUUCUCAGUCGAGGACGAGCGAAACUAUAUAAGGCUUUCAAAUUUCAAAAGCUUUUUCAAAUAAGGGCAUUAUUCUUCAGCGAAUAACCUAUAAAGAAUUAGAAAGGAAGCACGGGAGACAGGCAUGGAAGAGGAAGCGUUAGUAACAAAUAGUUAAGCUCGCCAAUUAUUAACAUCGUUUUUAAAAAUUUCCCUAUAAACGUAAGCCAUGUUCGACAAGUCGUUACAAGGUAACUAUUUUGCAUCCUUUGCUUUCUCAUUCUUUUGUCUUUUACAUUCUCCUCAUUUUUAUUUUAUUUUAUUUUUUUUGUUUUUUGAAGUAACAGUGAGUGCUAUUUAUUUCUCGGUUCUGUACCUGAAUACCAUGCAUAGAGUAGAUGGCCUGCAUAUUGAAGGUCCUGAACUUAACACUUUGAACUUAGUUAUCAUGAUAUUUAGUCGAACUAGUAAAAGAGUUGUUUGACUAACAGUUUGAUUAACCACGCUUUGUUUGUUUUUGUUUUCUGUUUAGCGACGUGUCGUUAUCAAAAAUUUGAUAUAUCGCUAUUUUUCUGGUAAACAAAAUACACUAAGAAAGGAGCCUGAUAAGAACACCACCCCCUCAGACGAGGAUACCCCUGAGGAGGAAGAUGAGGUACAAACCAAGCUGAUGGAGGUCACUAAAACAUUGCAAAGCCUGCAAAAAGCAGUUCAUCAGUUUCGCCGUAAGACACCA